AUGGAUGAUGAUGAAGAGGAUGAAGGAGAUGCGGAUCCAGAUGGAUCUCGAAAGGCCGUCUUUGAUCAAGCCAUUGCCGCGAUGAAGGAGAAGAAUGCCAAGGCCAAGCCUGAAGAGGAUGAGGACGAAGAGGAGGAGGAUGUGACAACUCUAGACCACUCUGGUGUCCUCUCACAGCUCCUCGAUGACGGUGGUGGCGAGUUGAUGAACUCCUUCGCAGGCUCCAGACUGGAGGGUGCCAGCAACGAGAAGAAGAAGACCCUAACCAAAAGGCAACAGAAGCAGCGGGAGAUGCAAGACGACCUCGUCCGACGCUUGCGAGAGGCCGAGCUGAUGGAGUCCUUCUUGACACGCUCAGGGCACAAGCGUCCAGUGAGUUUGGAGGUGGUAGAGAAGCUUCUGAGCGACUGGGCCUCGGGGAACAUUCAGAUGGCUUAG